AUGCCACCACAACCAAUGCAAAUCCACCUCCUAGACGGCGCUCUCGGGACUCUCCUAUCUUCCCACUACAACCUCCACUACACAUCCUCCACACCGCUCUGGUCCUCCAACCUCCUUAUAUCUCCCGCCGACAGGAACAUCCUUCGGGACGCACAUUCGCGCUAUGCGCGUGCAGGCGCAGAAAUCCUACUCAGCGCAACAUACCAGGCGAGUUUUGAAGGAUUCGCGAAGUCGCAGAGGGAUACAUGCAGCGAGGAGGUUGAGCGGGGAAUUGGGGAGGAUGAUGCUAGGAGGUUGAUGCGGGGCGCUGUGGGGGUGGCGAGGGAUGCUUUUGAGUGUGCGGGGGGAUUGGAAGGAAGGGCAUAUAUAAAGGGGAAAGGAAAAGUCGCACUUAGCUUGGGUCCGUAUGGUGCGUGUAUGAUACCUAGUACUGAGUACAGUGGUGUCUAUGAUAGUUCGCAUCAGAGUGUAGGGGCGUUGCGGGACUGGCAUUUACAGCGUUUGGGUGCAUUUUGUCCGUUUCUACGGGGAGCGGAGGAUAGCGAGAGUGAUAGUUCUGGGGAGAAAGGGGAUAAAAUUGACUGCUGGAAUGAUGUUGAUAUGGUGGCUUUCGAGACGCUUCCUGUGAGGAAGGAGAUUUUGGCCGUGAGAGAAUCUAUGAGUUGUGUUGCAGACGGAUCCGAAAGGAAGCCCUUUUGGAUUAGCUGUGUCUUUCCUGGAGAGGAAUUUACUCUUCCUGAUGGGAGUGAUGUGAGGCAGGUCGUGGAGGCGAUGUUGGGGAUGGAAAGAGAGGAUGAGGACAAUAAUGAUGAUGGUGAACUGCAAAGACAACUGGCGGUGCCAAUGGGAAUUGGGAUUAAUUGCACCAGAGUUGAUAAAAUCGAGAAGUUGAUUUUGGAUAUGGAAGACGCCGUGAAGGGGGUCAUUAGGAACGAGAAUGAGAAGUGGCCAGCAUUGGUAGUCUAUCCGGAUGGAACAAUGGGAGAGGUGUAUAAUACGACGACAAAAGAAUGGGAGAAGGUUGAAGCUGCUGUUGAGAGUGAGGUUCCUUGGGAGGAAGCAGUCUUCAGUAUCGUAAAGAGAACGAGAGAGCGAGGGAUGUGGAAGGCGAUUGUCGUUGGUGGAUGCUGUAAGACUACACCCGAUGACAUCGCCAUCUUGCGGAAGAGGAUUGAUGGCCUAUCAACCACGUAA